AUGCCUUCCAUUUCCAGGAGGUCGUCUUCCCAAAAAGUAUGCCCUCUUCUCCUCAUCAGUAGCUUCACAAUUAUCAUCUUUGGUUCCAUUUUCAUUUACCCUCAAUUUCUGUUCACCCCUACUUCAACCAACUCCAAUCUCCAAAUUGCUUUACCUUAUUCAUUCCAAAACCAGAUCUCUCAUUUGCAAACCCAAUUGGGACUCCUGUUAGAGCAGCUUCACAAUGAGCAUACAGAACUAAAAGCAAUCUCAAAGUUUUCAGAUCAAGUACUAAGCAUUGCUGUUUCAUUUGACAAGCUUGCAGAUAGUCUCUCUGGAUUCUAUAGCAAUGCAACUGUGGUUGGAAACGAAACAAGCAACGUAGACGAAGAUUUCAGUGAUCCUGAGGAAAUCGAAACAGUAGGGCCGUUGCUUGGAAGGGUAUUCAAUUCUGCAGAGCUUCGCAAUUAUACUUCACCCAAACCAAACAGGCAAAGUGGAAGAAAGAAUUUUCUUGGUCUGGAAGCAGUCAGUCCUUCCAUCGGACUGGGAUGUGCCGGUAUGGCCUCAAAUAUAGACCGAUUCAUGACUUACAAGAUAUAUGGUGUGUGCCCAGAUGAUUGGGACCUGGCUCAGAAGCUCAUAGCCAGUGGGUGUGAUCCUUUACCAAGGAGAAGGUGCUUCUCAAGAACACCUCCACAUUACAGUAAGCCACUUCCUUUGAACUCCUCACUUUGGACUCAGCCUAGUGAUUUUAACAUCUUGUGGAACCAUUACAAGUGCAGAGACUAUAAAUGUCUUAUUUCCAAUGAAACAAUUGAUAGAAGAGGGUUCUUCAAAUGUUCUGAUUGCUUUGAUCUUUCGAGACGAAGAUGGGAAGUUCCGGGAGAUCAUGAGUCUGUCUCAGCUGAAUUCACCAUUGAUGAAGUUCUAAGACUAAAGCCAGGGAAGAUCAGUAUUGGCCUGGAUUUCAGCCCAUCAACGGGCACAUUUGCUGCACUCAUGAGGGAGAAAAAUGUUACCGUUGCAUCGGCUACCUUAAACUUAGGUGCCCCUUUUAAUGAGGUGAUGGCACUCAGAGGCCUACUUCCUCUAUACAUAUCUAUCGGCUCCAGAUUGCCAUUCUUUGACAAUACACUGGAUAUUGUUCAUACUACUCUCUUUCUGGAUGGGUGGAUCGGAAUGGAACUCCUCCAGUUUGUCCUGUUUGAUUGGGACCGUGUCCUUCGGCCCAAGGGUCUUCUUUGGGUGGACAGAUUCUUUUGUAAGAAAGAAGACAUGGAACUCUAUUUGGAUGAGUUCACCAAGCUAGGCUACAGAAAGCUGCUGUGGAGGGUGGUGCCAAAGACGGAUAAACUUGGCGAUGAGCUAUUUUUCUCUGCUGUUUUGGAAAAGCCAAUAAGAGGAUAG